UAAAAUUUUCAAAAAAUAAACAUUAUACGAAUAGAGAAAGAAACUAAACAAUAUAUGAACAAAGUUUGGGUGAGUAUUUGGCGGGAAAAUCGAUUGGGAACCAAAGCAAUGGCGGAGAAGCUCAUCAAGGACAUGGGUUUGUCCAAAGCAAUGGCCAACGUUUUUGCAGCGCGUAACAUCACCACUGCCAAGGAAGCCUUAUCCCUAACCGAAUUCGAGUUGAUGCAGUUGUUGGAUGUGGGAAUGGCGGAGGUCUCAUCCGCACUAUCCCGCAUUAGCGAAAUCGCUUGCCCUCCUUACCAAACUGCACUGAAUUUGAUGGAGCAAAGGGUUCAUAAGGAGGAUCAUGGUGGUCAUCUUCCAACAGGUCUGAAAGGGUUAGAUGAAGCCUUAUGUGGUGGAAUACCAUUCGGUGUUCUUACUGAGCUUGUUGGUCCCCCUGGAAUUGGCAAAACACAAUUGUGUAUGAAGCUCUCGUUAUUGGCUUCAUUGCCGACAACUUAUGGAGGUUUGAAUGGCCAUGUUAUCUACAUCGAUGUUGAAUCCAAAUUUAGUUCAAAAAGGAUGAUAGAAAUUGGAGUCCAAAGUUUCCCAGACAUAUUUAACAUGAAAGGAGUGGUGCAGGAGAUGGCAGGUAGGAUCCUAGUUUUGCGGCCAACUACACUUUCUAAAUUUACUGAGAGUUUGCAACAAAUCAAACUUUCACUUCUUCAGCGGCCGGUAAAGUUGAUAGUCAUUGACAGCAUUGCGGCUAUUAUGUCAGGGGAUUUCGCGCAAGGAGCCUCUAGACAAAAUUUACUAGGUUGGCAUGUUUCUUUUAUCAAAUCACUUGCUGAAUCUUCGCGAAUCCCAAUUGUAGUUACAAAUCAAGUUAGAUCUCAAACUCGUGAAGAAGGUUCCCAGUACUCUUUCCAAGCACAGCGCACAGACGAUCUGUCGGGAUAUGAUUCUCACCUUGUUGCUGCUUUGGGGAUUAAUUGGGCUCACUCUGUCACCAUUCGUCUUGUGCUUGAAGCUAAAUCAGGUCAGAGGUUUAUCAAGCUGGCCAAAUCCCCAUUGUCACCGCCAUUUGCUUUCCCUUUCAUUAUAACAUCAGCUGGAAUAUCAUUGUUAAAUGAUUAUGGGACAGAGCUGAAAGGGAUGGAGAUAAACAGAAUUCAUCAACAUGGUCACAGUGACAUCAUAAACUUUGAUGGGAAGGGUUGCAGUGAUAAAUGAAGGAAUCCAACCUAAUUCAAUUUGUGAUCAUGCUGCAAAAAUUUCUGUGGUGAAGUAAGUUAUUCAUAUAAGUUCAUAUUAUUCUACAUUAUUCCAUAUAAAUUUAUGUAAGUAAAAAAAAAGUAGCUAGUUUUACCAAUGACAAUAGAUUUUUUUUUUUUAAUAUGGGAUCUUGCCCAUCGGACCAAGAGACUGUAGGAAUGGCUAUGUAGGUAACUUGGAGGGACUUGAAUAUUCUUCUUAGUGUCAAAAUGUUAAAAUUACUACACAUGCUAUUAUCAACAAUAAUCAAUACAAACUCAUGCGCAUAUCAUCUAAAGAUGAGUUAUCAAAGUCACCA